AGAUUGCAAACAACCCACAUCCAAACAAACACGGGUCAGAAAAGACCCAAAUUUCAAAUCGGCUUAGUCUUCUCUGUCUGUCUUCCCAUAAAACCCUAGACUUUCUGUCACUCUGUUGUCACAGAAAACGCAAAAGUUUUAAUCUUUGAAAAUUUAAGGAACCAUGAUGUCCGGCGGUCGGCACCAAAACAAAUUCGCAUGGAAGCCAAAACUCGGCGUCAAAAUCAACGAAACCGAGGUCGGAGGCCGGUUCCGGCCGGUGUCGAAGAUAACGGGGGUCUGCCAGCGCUGGAAGGAACAGAUCGAGUGGAGGCGCCGUUAUGGAAAGUACAAGACACUGACGGAGCCCGCCAAGUGCCUACGUUGUACCAAACGCCCAGUCCGUCAGCCCCACCAUAAGCUCUGUGCUGCUUGUGCUAAGGAACAAAGUGUUUGUGCGAAAUGCUGCAGUCGUAUCGAGCAAAUUGUCGGAAAAGACCUUGCGGAAGUGGAGUCUGAGCAGAAGAAGCUUCAAGAGGCGAUCAAAAAUGCAAGAGAAAGAUAUAGGAGGAGUCUAUUGCGUGCGAUGAAUGCUGGAAAAUCUAUGGGUGUAGCGACAGCUGCAAGCGAGAAAGGAGACAAAGCGGGAGACCUGUUCCCCUCUGCCUCACUCGAAGAAUAUGCAGAGGCAAGCAGAUAUGAUGAGGAUAACGACAUUGAUGAUGGUGAAGGUGGUAGCCUUCGCGCGUGAAUAUUUUUUGAAUCACAUAGUCAUACGCACAAUUUAUACGUUUUAAAUAUAUUUAUAUGCAUAAAUUAAUAAAAGAAAAGUUAAAUAUUUGAAGUAAAUAAAUAAUCUUAAAUCAUGCUAAAAGAAACCCUUAUAAAUUAAUUAAAGCAGCUGAAUUCACAUAAUA